AUGGGAAGCGUUCUUGACAAAAACUCUUCUCAAGUGAGAAAGCGCAUCGAGACGCAUACUUUUGAGAAUGAAGGCGGAGAUGAGUACGAUGGCAGCGAGUUCGGUGGUUUCAACGACUAUUUUCGGCGCAAGAAGAUCAAGCUCCAGAAUCUGGACGCAGAGACGCGCGCAAAAUCGGACAAGCCUCAAAUAUUCAAGGGAAUUGUCGCACAUGUCACAGGAUAUACUCAACCGCCAUUGCACAUACUACACCGCGAGAUAGUACAACAUGGCGGUGGUUUCCUCCAGUACCUGGAUUCAAAAACAAUGGCUACUCACAUCAUUGCUUCAACUUUGCCUCCCAAAAAGUCUGUCGAUUUCAACCGGUACCGAAUCGUCAAACCUGCCUGGAUCAUGGAUUCGAUCCAAGCAGGACAGCUACUUCCAUGGUCUAACUAUCGAGUCUUGGACGAAGGACCGCGACAAAAGGUUCUCAAGUUUGAUGGGAGUAGCGGCUUAUCGCCAACGACGCCUCGAACUAAGCAAGGCUAUCGUGAAAUGACAGACAACAGUUUUUAUACCAGUCAGUUCAAGGCGCCUGCUCUGCCAAGCCAAUCUUUAAGUCAAGUUCUUGAGAAAGCUCAGACUCCCGUUCGCACCAAUCCAGCCUCGGAUAUCACGCAAAUGGAAGGUGUUGAAAGUCCCUUUUUCAAGAAGCCUGAGGCACGCUUCAAACCUCGUACUGAGGAUCAAUCCAACGCAGUUUCAACUCGUCCAAAUAUAAAUAAGGGCAAUAUUAUUGAAUCACAGACAGAGGCAGUCUCCGUGCCUACUGUACAGGACAAAGCACAGGAACCUCAAAAACCGAUGACAUCUGAGGAGCACAAUGCGCAGUUAUUGUCCGACCCACGGAUUAGGAAGUCCUCGACCGCGAAUCCGGAUUUUCUGAAGCAGUUCUACUCCGAGAGUCGACUGCACCACCUCUCUACGUGGAAAGCUGAAUUGAAAUCUAGAAUGCAACGACUAGCUGCAGAAAAGGGGCAGGCACAUUCGAAUCUCAAAAAACGCCCUAACUCGAGGCGGUAUGUCAUGCAUGUCGACUUUGACAGUUUCUUUUGUGCUGUUUCCUUAAAGAAGAACCCCGAGUAUAUCACCAAACCGGCAGUCGUUGCGCACAGCACAGGGUCAGGUUCAGAAAUUGCAAGUUGCAAUUACCCUGCUCGAGAAUUUGGAGUGAAGAACGGUAUGUGGAUGAAAUCUGCGCUUGAGUUGUGCCCAGAUCUCAAGGUGCUUCCUUACGACUUUCCUGCAUAUGAAGAAGCGAGUCGCCUGUUCUAUGAGUCCAUUCUAGACAUUGGUGGCUUAGUGCAAAGCGUCAGCAUAGACGAGGCCCUCAUUGACAUAACAUCUAUUGCCAUGACAUCCACUGGGUCCCAACGUACGGGCUUCGAACCAGGAAACAUUGCCCGGGAACGUGACAUGGCAGACAAGAUUGCAAGAGAUCUUCGCGAGAAGAUCAAAUCUCUCACAGACUGCCAUGUUUCUGUUGGGAUCGGCGCGAAUAUCCUGCAAGCCAAGGUCGCAUUGCGAAAAGCUAAACCUGUCGGACAAUACCAGUUGAAACCAGACGAUGUCUUGGAUAUGAUCGGAGAACUUAAAGUCGACCAGCUUCCUGGAGUUGCCCGUAGUAUCGGUGGCAAGCUCGAAGAUAUCGGCGUUGUUCUUGUCAAGGACUUGCGAGAAGUGUCGAAAGAACGUCUUAUUUCAAUCCUUGGACCAAAGACCGGUGAGAAGCUUCGAGAAUAUGCCCGCGGUAUUGACCGCACAGAAGUUGGCGAGCAGCCACCGCGAAAGUCUGUAUCUGCAGAAGUCAAUUGGGGUAUUCGCUUCAUCAAUCAAUUGGAGGCAGAGGAGUUCAUAUACAACCUUUGCAAGGAAUUAGAGAAACGACUCUUGAACGAGAAUGUCAAGGGAAAGCAGUUCACCAUGAAGAUUAUGAGGAGGUCGAUGGAUGCGCCUCUUGAUCCACCGAAGUCCCUCGGCCAUGGCAAAUGCGACACAUUCAACAAGAGUACCACUUUCGGGGUGGCCACCAACGAUCAACAAGUCAUUGGUAAAGAGGCAGUCAAUAUUCUGCGGUCUUUCAAGUUCAGCCCUGGUGACCUCCGCGGGCUAGGAGUGCAAAUGACUAAACUUGAACCCAUGAAGACAAAUCUGGCGGCUCCAGAUGGUAGUCAGAAGAGGUUAGCAUUCAACGCUUUCACAAAACCUUCGCCAGCAAAGAAAACUGCUUUGGCAGAACCGAUCGAUGAGAUCAAGAGUUCAGAGAAACAGAGGAUAACACCUAGUCGCGAGGUUCAUAAGGAUCCAAUCGCUGAUGAUCCUCUGACUCCACGAAAGCAGAAAAUGCAUCCCGCAAUGGCGUUGACAAAGGCUAGCCAAGAUGAUGCAAAAGCCAAGACGCCUCUUAAUAUAUCGGGAACUCAGUUCCUCAUUCCCAAAGACGUAGAUCCCGCCAUCCUAGCAGAGCUACCUAGCAGCAUUCGAAGUAAGCUCAUGGCUCAAAAGUCUAGGAUGCCACAGGAGGCCGAAUCCCCAGUGCUCAAAUCCAGAUCAGAGACCCCCGCGCCGUUGGAUGUAUGCCCAACUCAAGUUGAUCCGGAGGUUUUCAACGCGCUACCUGAUGAUAUGAAGGCCGAGAUUAUGGCUACAUACGGGCGAAAUCCCAAACCACCUACACCUCAUCAAUCUCCACGCAAGGAUCGUACAAUUCAAGCAAGGAAACCUCCUACACCUUCGAAACGAGGAAGACCGCGAGGCUUGUUUGGUAAAGCUCAGAAGCAGAGAGAUGCCCAAGCCGGUCUAUUGCAGACCAAUUUCCGAUCACUGAAUCAGGUUGGUGACGCCUUUCAGGAAGAGGCUGCCGUCGAGGAACUUGAUGAGGAAUUUCUUUCGGAACUGCCUGAGGAUGUGCGUAAGGAGAUCGUUGAAGACCACAACAGACGCAAGAGAGCUCAGCAGAAAUUACUAGAGGCCCCUUUGCGAAAACAAGUUUCUACCGACUCAGACGCAGCACUGCCAGGCGGUCAACUUAGAAUUCAGUUCGCCGCAGCUCCACGUGAGAUCUCGUUUGCAAGUUCCGGGGUAACAUCAACUCGGGAAAUCAAAGACAUGCUGGAUGCCUGGCAUACAGAAACAAGGAAGAAUGGCCCCCACCGUGGGGAUAUAGAAGUAUUGGAAAAGUUUCUUGAACGAGUGAUCAAAGAAGAACGAGAUUUGGAGAAAGCGACAAAGUUGGUCAAGUGGUUGGAUGUUUUAGUUGAACAGGAUGGCAGAAAGGGGCGAGGACAAGAGGUUUGGAGGCAAUCGGUUGCGGGCAUCAAGGUGAUUGUGCAAGAUGCUGUGAAGCAGCGAGGCAUGGCACCAUUGAAGUUCUGA